GUGGUUGGUCGGUUUGUUUUGCUCGUACGACGACGCAUUCUUGUCAUUGUUAGCUAGGUUGGUGGGCUAUCUCUUCCAUUUGCUGGCAUUUAUUUCGGAGUUACGUUCCAAAUUUGUGGCGUUGGAGCUCAAAAUCAGGUGUGUUAAUCAGCCCUUGAGCAAGCAAGGACAUUGCACUUGGAAGAAGCCAUGGCUAUGUACUGCAGGACAGCUUGGUGCAGGCACCUUAUGGCUGUGUCCAUGGCCCUGUUCUGCCUGCUCCACAACACCAUGGACGUCCAUGCCCGGCCAGCUAACAUGUCAGCCCUGAAGGACAAAAACAACCCCACAAGUAAAGAGGAGAAUGAGAUCCUUCCCCCUGACCAUCUAAAUGGGGUGAAGCUGGAGAUGGAUGGUCACAUCAAUAAGGGCUUCCAUCAGGAGGUGUUCCUGGGUAAGGAGAUGGAGGAGUUUGAGGAGGACUCUGAGCCCAGGAGGAACAGGAAGAAGCUCAUUGAGAUCUUCAGCAAGGUGGACUUUAAUAAAGACAAGAGCGUCAGUGCCAAAGAGAUGCAGCGCUGGAUCAUGGAGAAGACAGAAGAACACUUCCAGGAGGCUGUGAGGGAGAACAAGAUGAGCUUCCAUGCUGUGGACCCAGAUGGAGAUGGACAUGUGACGUGGGAUGAAUACCGGGUGAAGUUUCUGGCCAGCAAAGGAUUCAAUGAGAAGGAAAUGGCUGACAAGAUAAAGAACAGUGAAGAACUGAAGGUGGACGAGGAGACCCAGGAGGUGCUGGAGAGUCUGAAGGACCGUUGGUUUCAGGCUGAUAACCCCCCAGCCGACCAGCUGCUGAAUGAGGAAGAGUUUCUCUCCUUCCUGCAUCCCGAGCACAGCAAAGGCAUGCUCAAAUACAUGGUCAAGGAGAUCGUUCGUGACCUCGACCAGGACGGCGACAAGAAGCUGACUCUGUCUGAGUUCAUCUCCCUUCCCAUGGGCACCGUGGAGAACCAGCAGGCCCAGGACAUCGACGAUGACUGGGUACGAGAGAGGAAGAAGGAGUUUGAGGAGGUCAUCGACAGAAAUCAUGAUGGCAUCGUGACCAUGGAGGAACUAGAGGAGUACAUGGACCCUAUGAAUGAGUACAACGCGCUGAACGAGGCUAAGCAGAUGAUCGCUGUGGCCGACGAGAACCAGAACCACAACUUGGAGCUGGAGGAGAUUCUCAAGUACAGCGAAUACUUCACUGGCAGCAAGCUCAUGGACUAUGCCCGGAAUGUUCACGAGGAGUUCUGAAGACAAGCUGACAAAAUCCUCCCUUUCCCUUCUAAUGUGGGCAUCCUCAUAAGUCUUCUCUAAGGACAGGUCUGUCUUAUUGAUGAAAAGAAAAGCCUGAUGUUCUAGUGUGCAAUUCUGUGUUUAAAUCCUAGCCCCAGCCGAGUGACCUGGCCUCCCCCAGUGACUCUUAAAGUAAGGCAUAAAACAUCCUUCAUUUCUGGACUGUCUGCCUCUUCUAAACAUCAGAAUGAACCAUUGCCAAAGUCUGCCUUCUGUCUACAGUGGGACUUAAGUUGCAUUAUCUCACAUAAUGCAUUUUGGGUUUUCAGUGCAUUCUAGACACUGCGUCAACUUCAUGAUUCAUUUGUGUUUGAUAUAUUGUGAAAUUUAUGUCUGAGUAAUUGGAACAAGAUUCACCCCCCCCCCCCCCCCCUCCAGUGAAGUAGUUGAGGUGUAAGGACAACUUACACAAUUGGGCCUACAAUAUUUGUAGUAGUGCAGAACCGUUCUGUUUUUACUGCAAAAUGAUUUAAAUUGCAUAACUGUAGAGAAUGUAAAUGUAAAUAUCUUCGUUCUUUGGAUUUCCCAUGACAUUCUACAUUUCAUAAUGUUGCUCGGAAGUAACUGUUGUUUACCAAGUCAUCAAUCAUGUUGACCACUGAGCUGAACCCCAGCAACCACUGUGCUUUUCACACUUAAUGACUAUGUGCUUGCUGCCCUUGUAAACAAUUGUUUGACAUUUGUCGAUUUGGUAAGAAGUUUACACUGUCCUGAUAAGUGUUGAUGAUUCUCUGAUCCAUCUUAUUCUUUGAAAUGAGUGCUUAUGUCAGAAUUAUGGUGUUUUAAACCUCUACUGCAAAAAUGUCUCAUUGUUUCCAUACAUUUGUUUACCUUUGUCUAUAAUUCCAACUUGGGUUUUGCAUUUCCAAAAAUAUGUAAGCUCUGUUAAAUAUCUGAUACAAUCAUUACAAAUGAAUUAGCAAUUUGUUAGCAUGGAUCUGAUUUUUAAUACACAUGUCAUAACUGAAAGUAAAGAAGAGGUGAGCUUGUAAUCAUGGUUGGAGAAAUAUUUUUUUUUAGUUUAGAAUGUUUUUGCAGGAUUUUGACAUGAGCCCUCUGGGUACCUUGCCCUUGUCAAUUGUCCAUAUCUUUGUUUGAGACUGGUGUAAGAAAUUAACUUAUUUAUUUAUUUGUUGUUAGUCUUUUGUUUUCUCUCAAAGCAGUUACAUCAAUAUGUAAAGAAAAAAGAACUUUAUUUUCCCAGUGUUGUACUUUUAGUUUUUCAAUGCUUAUUUGUUUUUUUUCCAGUUUCUGCAAAUGUUGAACUUAAAUACCAGAUGGAUAUUAUUUGUCAUUGAGUAUUUCCUUCUGAUCCUACCAAUUCAGCCAUGUUCGUACCCCUUGUCAUGCUUUGCCAAAGCGCUGUAAUAUACAGUACCAGUCAAAAGUUUAGACACACCACCUCAUUCCAGUGUUUUUCUUUCUUUCUUUUAAAAAACUAUUUUCUACAAAACUGAAAUAACACAUGGAAUCAUGUAGUAACCAAAAAAGUGUUAAACAAAUCAAAAUAGAUUUUAUAUUUGAGAUUCUUCAAAGCACAAAAAACAGCAAGCACUAUGUUGAAACUGGCUCUCAUGAGGAACGCCACAGGAAAGGAAGACAGAGUUACAUCUGCUGCAGAGGAUGAGUUACCAGCCUCAGAAAUUGCAGCCCAAAAAAAUGCUUCAGACUAUAUGUAACAGACACAACUCAACAUCUACUGUUCAGAGGAAACCACAUGAAUCAGGCCUUCAUGGUUGAAUUGAUGUAAAGAAACCACUACUAAAAGACACCAAUAAGAAGAGACUUGCUUGUGCCAAGAAACACGAGCAAUGGACAUUAAACCGGUGGAAAUCUGUGCUUUAGUGCGAGUCCAAAUUUGAGAUUUUUAGUUACAACUGCUGUGUCUUUGUGAGAGAUGCAGAGUAGGUGAAAGGAAGGUCUUUGCAUGUGUGGUUCCCACCGUGAAGCGUGGGGGUGCUUUGUGGUGACACUGUCAGUGAUUUAUUUAGAAUUCAAGGCACACUUAACCGGCAUGGCUAUCACAGCAUUCUGCAGCGAUACGCCACCCCAUUUGGUUUGCGCUUAGUGGGACUAUAAUUUGUUUUUCAACAGGACAAUGACCCAACACACCUCCAGACUGUGUAAGGGCUAUUUGACCAAGAAGGAGAGGGACGGAGUGCUGCAUCAGAUGGCCUGGCCUCCACAAUCACUCAACCCAAAGGAGAUGGUUUGGGAUGAGUUGCACCGCAGAGUAAAGGAAAAGCAACCAAGUGCUCAGCAUAUGUGGGAACACUUCCAAUCCAAGACUGUUGGAAAAUAAUUUCUCAUGAAGCUGGUUAAGAGAAAAAGCUGUCAUCCAAGCAAAGGGUGGCUACUUUGAAGAAUAUAAAAUAUUUUAAUUUAACACCUUGUUUUUGGUUACCACAAGAUUCCUUAUGUGUUAUUUCAUAGUUUUGAUGCCUCCAUCAAAACCCUGGAAUGAGUAGGUGUGUCCAAACUUUUGAUUGGUACUGUAUGUGUAAUAUGCAUUCAUCAACUGCUUUCCUGCUUCAAGGACAAUAUACUGUGGAAAUAUAUCAGUAACUUCGAUCCCGUCAUAUAAUUGAAAUUAUAAAAGAAAAAGCUCAUGCUAUCAGAAUGUGACAACGCUUUAGCUAAUACAUUGUAUUCCAGAUUAAACAAUAAAUAUUUCUUAUCAAUCUCU